AGCUAGCCUCGACUUCCUCAAAGGGAGUGACACCCAAGUGCUGUCCGGCUCAGCGAAGGUUUCCACUUUAAUUUCCAUUUUGACUUUUAUCUUCCCAAUGUCCAAGCCUCCUCCCAAACCGGCCAAGCCAGGCCAGGUCAAAGUGUUCAGAGCUGAGUUCACAUUUCACCCCAGAACGCCUGAUGAGCUUUACUUUGAAGAAGAUGACAUCCUCUACAUCUCUGACUCAAGUGACAGUAACUGGUGGAAAGGAACAUGCCGGGGGAGGACAGGACUUAUUCCACGCAACUACGUAACGGAGCAUGCCGAGUCUAUCGACCACCCAAUGCACGAAGCGGCCAAACGAGGGAAUCUUUCCUGGCUGAGAGAAUGUGUGGAGAACAGGGUGGGAAUCAACGGCUUGGACAAGGCAGGCAACACUGCCCUCUACUGGGGAUGUCACGGAGGACAUAAAGACGUAGUGGAGCUUCUACUCAGCCAGCCCAGCGUUGAACUCAACCAGCAGAAUAAGCUUGGGGACACUGCUCUGCACGCUGCUGCUUGGAAGGGUUAUUCUGACAUUGUGGCCAUGUUGCUGAACAAGAAUCCGCGUACAGACAUCCGCAACAACGAGAACAAGCUGGCUCUGGAGAUGGCCACCAACGCGCAGUGUGCCUCGUUGCUCAAGAAGAAGCUGGCCAGUUCUAUCACACGCUCGCACAGCAACGCUGAGGAAUAUUUGGAUGACGAGGACUCUGACUGAGGACGAAGAGUCUGGAGAGAUUUGGUCACCGACAUAAAAAUGGACCUUGUUGUCUUCCUGCGUCGUCUGCGUGGUUAUUACAGUAACUCUAUUUUGAACAAAGCCCUCAGCAUCACAGCAGUGCAAAUUGAAAACUGAAGACAAUUGUCUAUGGUGUUGCACAAAAGGGACCAAAAAUGCAGAAACACAUUGAUUCCACACAACUGCCGAUAGUGUUGGCAGACUUUGAGUUGUAUGAGCAAAGAUUUUCCUUGUGUUUGUUCCUUCGUCAAUUUAAGUGUCAUUCCACAUAUUCCUAAAUGGUAAAAAUCAUCUAAAGUAAUCAUUAUCAUUUGUUCUUUCCAUUUUCAAAUGACACUAUAACACAAACAAAAGUGAUUCAUUAUUUUUAUUAAACAAAUGACCCAAGAAUUGUCACUUAUUUUGUUUUUCAACUCUCAGUUUAAAAUGAAAAGAAUAAAUGAUACUCUAAUUUAGAAUACUCAUGAAUUCCAUCACAGGAGCAAAGUCUUGCUGCUUUAUGACAAAUGAUUGAGGGGAAAAAAUAGUGCCUUUUGUAUGUAGAACAGACUGUCUUGUUGGUGGCUGUGAAUUGACUUUUCUUAUGAAACACUUUAUUUCUGUUUCUUCUAUCUGAAAUUAAAAGAGUUUUAACUUA